AUGGACUCUGAUCCCUCGCCCCAUUCGGAACCCAACCAGUUAUCUGGUCUGGAGCUAGAAGGGAACAAUGUGCGGCCAGUUCAGACCCCAGAGAACUCCUCCGAGAAUCCAACGUCUCCGAGUUCGGAGACAACCCUCGAGCAGUCUCCAGUCUCCAAUGUCUCUUCGUCGACAGAACCGCUGGAACAUGCCUACUGGGCCGAAUUCGAGGAGGAUCCAUCCACUCCAGAUGAGGAGGAGAUAAAGGAAAUUGAGGGUACCGAUGGGGAUUACAGUGCCUGUGACCAUGCCUAUUGGGAGAGCAACUUCUUCCGUGACCUGGACGACCCCGAGUAUAUACCGACGGAAAAGGCUCGCUUGACCUGGCAGAUCAAGGGCGUUCGAGGAACCCCCACAAACCCCAAUCGCGAUACGAUCAUGCGUUCACCUCCCGCGUAUAUUGGUGGUUACUGGUGGCGAAUCAAGUUCUACCCCCGGGGGAACAAUGUUGGCUCGCUGAGUAUCUAUCUCGAGUGCUCUCGAACGUUGCCCAGCCCCGAUGAAAGGCUCCCCGAGUCGGAAUUCAAGGUCCGUCGAGGCUCUGCCGAUGCCGUUCUUAAUGGAACUCCCGAGGUAGACGUACAAUCCCCGGCUACCACCGAUUCGGCAGUCUGGUUUGAAGAAUUUAAAUCACGGUACCCAGCCACCGGACAGAGGGAUGGGGAAACCCCAUCCGACACGUGGCGGGUGUCGGCCCAAAUUGGUGUCAUCGUGUAUAAUCCAGAAGAGCCACGGACGGGGUGGAUGCAGUCGUCUUCUCACCAAUUCAAUCCUCACAACUCCGACUGGGGGUGGACCUAUUUCCAUGGCCCAUGGGACCAAAUUCACCUACGUCGUCGAGGCCAACACCGGGCUUUGCUGAAUAACGAUACACUGGCAUUCGACGCAUACAUUCGUGUGGUCGAGGAUCCCACGAAAUCCUUGUGGUGGCACCCAAGCGACUCGGAGCCAACCUGGGAUAGUCUGGCCCUGACCGGCUAUCGACCCUUGGGGGACUCCGUGGUCAAUCACAGCGCAGAGGUUGCCGGGUUGGCUUCGUGGUUACAUGUUGCUCCCUUCUGCAAGAUCAUCCAAAGCGUCGAUGUCCUAGAACAUCUCACCAACUGCAAUGUGAAGCCUAAGCCUGUAUGCGACGCUCUGCAGAAACUCCUGUGGCAGCUGCGCUGCCGCACAGAAUCCUUGCAAUAUGUCGACACAGACGGCAUCACGUCUGCCUUGCGCAACCUGAACGAGUUUUCAAGCGACGUGACCGAGUUCUGGGAGCGUUUGCGCCGGACGUUGGAACUGGAACUCGCUGGCACCGAUGCCGGCAAAGAGUUUGCUGCCUUGUUCGAUAGCCCAUCUCUCCAUUCUCUUGCAACAGAAAAUCAGACUACUGCCAUAAACAUGCUGCCAACGGACUUCAAUUCUCGCAUCCAUGUCUCGGCUGAUCAAGCGAAAUCCACGGGAGAGGGCAUGAAAGAGUACUUGAAAGCCAAAUCCGGUCGGUGGUCACUCCCGCCGAUGCUUCAUAUAGAGCUUGGUCGACAUGCAUUAGACAAGGCGAUGCGCUGGCAAUUGUUGUACAACAAAGUUGAUUUGGAUGAAGAGCUGGACCUCACUCCAUGGGUUGUUGAUGGCCGGGGAGGCAAAUACAUACUCUAUGGUUAUGUGGUUCAUCGCGGCCGCCGCACUUCCAGCAAGUUCUUCAGUAUCCUCCGGCCCGCAGGCCCGGGUACCACAUGGCUCGCCUUUGACGAUGGUAGCGACAAUCGCGUGGAGGCCUUAACACAGAAAACGGCAAUGGGUCCGCAUCUUGGCCUGGAUUCCUCCCAGCCUAUUGAUCACAAAAAGGGCCACGAUAUCCCUGUUGUUGCCAUGUACGUCCGCAGUGAUAUGGUUUCGGCGCUGUUGCCCGGGCCGCAGGGUCCAUGGCCAGUUUCGGAGUCUUUGAAACAGUACUACGAAACUGGUUUAUAUGCAUCAGCCACAACGGACAACCAGAAACAAGUGAAUGAGAAUGUCGAGAUUGAAGUCUAUUCACUGCCUCAUUACGAUCAGCUGGGCAGUCUGUUUGACAUGUACGAUCUCAUGUCUCAAGCAAAAGCAACCAAUAAUGUCAUGUAUUUGACGCUGCCCCGUUCUUCCCGCGUCGUCGAGCUGCGCAAGAAGAUUGCCCUGUGGCACUCAACAAGGACUGGUGAGAUCGGGGCUGAGCGUGUUCGUCUAUGGCAGAUCGGUCAUAGCAAGGCUUCAUUUGGGCCCUCAUCGGCAUUUGAUCGGGUCGUCGAUUUAAAAGCCCCGCUUGAAUACUCAUUGGGCAGCCUUCGCUUUUGGAUGGAGACGAUUUCGGAGGAGGACGCCCAAUUAUUCGCCAUUCCGGAUCCGCCUGUAGAGAUUGCAACUGAUGACAAGCCUGAUGAGUCUGUUGUUGAGCGUGAGAGCUCUAACACCCCGGAGCCCUUACCGUCCGUAGCGGUAGGAGAUGCUGUGGCCAGCUCAUCGGGGAAUCGUCCCAGCAGGCUAGUUGAACCAAGCUCCAGUGAUGCAGCAGUUUCACUGCCUUCUGGCUCUCCGGAAGGUGACGCCAUUGCUGCCGAAAGAGCUGAGCAUGAUGCUGUCCUGGCAGCUGUCGCUGCACAUGAUCGUCAGGCCACAAAUGCUGCUACGGAAGACUCAACUGAGCAUAGCACAACCGAGGCGGUGGUGGAAACGCCCGCUUCUGUCCGAACUGAAUCCGUUCGGUCAGAACCCACGGCAGAGGGGCGCGCCAAUUCCGAUAUCACCUUGCCCGUGGGACACACGUACUACUUCAUUCAGAUCUUUGAUGCGGACCAACAGGUUUUGCGCACGGUUGGCUCAUUCUUCUCCAAGCUUGAGGCAAACGUCAACGCGUCGAUUCGGAAGCAUCUGCAGUGGCAUAUCCGGCGAGACUUCCUCCUGUGGAAACGAGUGGAUGGAACCACUGUUACGGCGGUUUCUCCAGCUGAGAACUUUUGCGAAGUGGUUGUUCCACAUGGUGCAUGCAUUAUUGUAGGGGACAAGCUGAGCAAAGAUAAACGUUCUCAACUGGGCACUUCCGGGUUGUUCUCCAGCCCUGAUCGCUUGAUUCAGUACUUGUGGGCUAAAUCUCGCGGCCACCCAAUCCAAGGCUUUUCAGGCAUCAAGACGGUUGAAGCUACCUUGACGAGCGACUAUUAUAGCGGCGAGUUGUUGAAGGGCUACUACCACGGACGUGGCAAGCACAUCUCCGGCACAGGCACUGUUUACGAGGGUGACUUUAUCUUUGGCAGACGCCAGGGCCAAGGCAGGAUGGAGUACCCGACAGGCGACACGUAUGACGGCGACUGGGUCGAGGACGUGCGCCAUGGACAGGGCACCUACAUUGAGAAAAAGACAGGCAACAAAUAUGUUGGUGGCUACAAAGAUGGCAAGCGGCACGGCAAGGGCAUCAGCUACUGGGAGGUGGCUGACGAGGAGGCGGAUCUGUGUCAGAUCUGCUACUCGGAAGAGCAAGAUGCUGUGUUCUGUGACUGCGGCCAUGUCUGUGCCUGUGUGACUUGUGCCAAACAGGUUGACCUUUGCCCGAUCUGCCGCAAGACUAUCAAGAACGUCAUCAAAAUCUAUCCGACAUAG